UUGAUUUGUCCUGACGGUAUGAUAAAAGGGAACCAUUAAUAAAAGAUAAGAUAAGAAUGAACACAAGACUCGUACAGACAAUCAAGGAUCACAAAAACCCAUCAAUAUACCAACGAAGAAAACACUGGAGAUUUAAACCAGUGGCUACCCUUAUGGUGUCAGUGUAUUAAAAUAUGUCGCGUUAUAGAUCAGAGCUAGGAAAUCCAUUAUAUAUGCAUAUAUAGGCAAUUUUAUUGUGUAGGAAUAUUCAUCUGGCUUUACAUCAAUGAAAGUAUUGUUUUACCUACAUCAGAAUUUGCUACGCAAUAGGAAUUACAAGCAUGUGAGGUAUAAUUGAGUUAUGAGAGCAUGAUCGACAAUCUAGCCACAGACUGCGAUGUAACGAGAAACAUUACAAGGUUUUCUGAGCUAGAUAUGGCGCCAGGCCAGCAAUACCACUGGUGGUGUCGAACGCAACAGGCUUCUCGAACCACUGGAACCUUGUAGCCACCUGUUAUAUACAGCAACCAAACUUAACUUUAAAAUCUCCUCUGCCAAAAUAUCUUAAAACAUUUUCACCACCCCCUCGCCAUAGUACGGAGUAUUUUGGCUGUAGUAAGACCAGUUAUCAUCCUACGUCAUAGGAGGGGGUCGUCCCUACAACACAGCGCCAUCUGACGAUGUGUAUUAUAUUACCCUUAUAUGGCUGUAAUCUGUUUCGGUAACUGAUCGCUUAAGACAAUGGAGCUCUGAUACAAAAUCCGGUCUGAUCUUCCAACGUUUAAAAACCAUGGUUGGUUGAUCCUUCUUAAUUGCCGAAUAAUAAUACAUAGAUUUUUAACCCUGUUUGAGUCGAUUAACCCGAUGCAGACCACUUUACAGUUAUUAAACGUUUCUCACAAGUGUAUACUUUGAUUUGGCGGUCAAUCGACCAUUGAUUGGAAUGCAUACAAGCCAUUGUUUAAGAAAUCUAGAACCGCGAAUGGAGGGUCAAUACUAAACUGCUCUGACUCCGAAUAAAUCCAAAAUUCUGUGAUAAUUUGGCUCAGUUAGGAGAAAAAUUGUUAUAUGUUUCUGGAAAUUUUCUUCGUGCCUAAAUUUGUUGCAUGGAGGGACUAAUGUAAGUGUGUAACUCGAUCAAUAAAAAAGAAUGGGUAAUGUGUGUCUAUACAUCGGUUCUCGCUAGUACAGGACAACUCGAAAAUGAGGAGAGCGAAGUCGAGCAUCCCAUUCAAACGUCACCGAACCCCUGAGGUACGGCGCCAAAAAUCUGCGAUGACGUCAUGGAUGGACGAUGACAACUUGAGCCUGAGUUUCAGUCCGAACACCGCUCAGACGUCACGGUCCAAAGACCAGGAUGGACCCGCCCUCGACCAGGUCAUCAAAGCCGUGCUGAAUCAGCAGCGUCAGGAUAUCUUGAACAGGAGACAGGAAGUGUUCGGGACGGCCAGAUACGUAGCAGAGCGCAUGCUCCUCCUGACCAACGGCCUCCAUUCUCUGUUCCGGCGCUACAUCCGGACCACAAAAACCGGGAAGGUGGACAUUAUAGACUUCCGGGCCCUUGAUCCCUGCGUCUUUCAGUGCUGUGUGGCAAUAAAGCGCCCCGUCAGGCCUCAGACGUUUAUGUUUCGCCACAAAAGACCUAGAGAGUACCCGAGUCAUAGAAUGUUACUUUGCAUAAACGACACGAUUCCGAAAGUGGAGCGGAUCCAAGUUCAGCAUGAGUGGGGCCACUGUGUGGACAGACACGGAGUGAUACGACCGGACUUUGUGCUCAAAUGGUUCAAUAAAGGCCUUGAGAUGACCCGUGAAGCCGUGAUGAGCGAGAUCGCCUACAUGUUUGAUGAUCCGGGCCCCGUUACCUUUGACCUCUGUUCUUACACAUCCGUCAAGGACGGCACUCUGUGGUUAGAGGUCAUGGAGCUACUAGACGGAACACCAACAAAGGAGUUCCGGAUCAACUUCAUUCCCUGUAUACCUCUUCAGGAAAUCCCCAAACAGCUAUCCCUUCCUAUCCCUGUCCCAAACCGACGACCCUACUUCGAAACAAACUCCGAGCUGCGCGCGACCAUCACAAGAGCUAUUGAUAAAGGAGUGGAACUUUUCUGCUUGGAAGCUAGAAUGUUCAAGUGGGACCUCAAAACAAAGUUUGAUCCCAGUAUUGCUGUAUCGUGGCAAGUCGGGUCGGGACCGCUAGAAGAUCGCGCCUAUAAACUUAUUUCAGGAAUGAACACAGGGACACACUUCGAUAACAUAAUUCUCAUUAUAGGAAAAAUGAAACGAGAAAACCAGGAAGGGUUUUCGUCCAUUUCAUAUCGCAUGAUAAUCCAUGCCAUCUUACAUGUUCACAGACGCUGUAUGGGUCAGCUUCACAAAUGCGAGGAAUGGCUUCUCGCUGUCUUGGAGUUUCUUUUGUCUCAGCUUAGAAAUAGAUCCGCCCCAUCUUUCUUCCUGAACAAGCUGGACUUUCUAAGCGAAUACAAUAGUAAAUCAAUAGAAAAGACGGAGAAAUUCUUGCGGGUCCUCAUACGUGACCUGAGAUCUAACCCCGAGGCUCUGUACCGGAUCGUGCAUUACGAAGAACCGAAAUCUGACGACGAGGAUGAAGACGAAGAAGACGAAUAUGAAGACAAUGAAAAGGAAGACGACGAGUAUGAACCACCAGAAUCCUCGGAUGGAAAAAGAUCUUUUGAAGAAGACUGUCAGUUUGAAAGUGAUAACUAUAUAACUGACGUCACGCGAGCAGACGACUCCAUGGAUUCGGAAGCAGACGACCGGAACUGGGCUCCGAGUGAUAGCCAUGAUGAAAGUAACUUAGCAACCAGUGACACUCUCUCCAAAGAGGACGACAUACCAGUGGCUUACGAAGAUACUUCAGAACCAUACACGGACGAAGACGUAUCAAAAAAGAGAGGCUGAAUCGACAAAUAUUGGAACAAACUGACUACACGACUUUCACCUAAGCGUAUAAAACGUAAUCUUU